GGUUGAACCUGGUUUUCAACGGGGUGAUGUGGACUCUGUUCACGCAAGCCCUCGCGAAGGGCAACUCCACCACGCAGGUCUCGAUCAUCAACACAUCCUCCAACUUUAUGAUCACGGCUAUGCUUGGUCUCAUCAUCUUUUCUGAGUCCCUCCCUCCGCUAUGGUGGGCUGGUGCGGCUCUCCUGGUCGCUGGCAAUGUCAUCAUCGGCAGCAAAGACGAGGGCAGCAAGCGCUCUGGUGACGAGGCAGACGCCACCCCUCCAGGCCCGGACGGAUUGGGGGCAUACGAGGACGUUCCUCAGACAGAAGGGAUCUUGGACCCUGAGCUAAAGGAUGAAGAUGAAGAUAUCGUCGAGUUGGGAGACCUGGACGACUGAGCGAGUUUGAUUACCUUCUUUUGUCCUUUUUUCGUUUUCUCCGGCAGAUCUUGGUCUUCAUCCUGGACGACUCUAGAUACCCAUGGUAUAUACAACUAGACUUCUGAUGUAGAUAGACCUGGAUACAUUGAGAAGAGAUUUCAUUUGAUUUGC